AUGGCGCCUACGAAGGUGGCCUACCAGAGCAUGAUCUCGGGGCUGCGAAUAGGAGAAGACUGGCAAGGCAUUUUGACGACUAUUAACGAGAUGCUUGAGGAAGAGGUGGUGCCGACGGAGGCUGGUUUCGCGGUCGGUUUCAUGACGGCGAGGAAGCUGGGAGAUGUGGAGUUCGCCAAGAUGCUGCUGGAGCGGCGCAGCCAGGCGGGGAUGCCCCCAAGGCAGGAUUUCUUCGUCAACGUGAUGGUGACGCUGGGAGAGGCCGGAAAGCCCGAGGAUUUUUUAGAGUACUGGCGGCGGCUUGUCUGCGUGCAGGGGAUCGACGGCUUGGGCAUUAGGCCGGAGACGUUUUACCUUGCCCUCAGGACGGCGGUCAAGAUUAAGGCCUGGGAUGAGGUCGAAGCUAUCAUCGGCAUGAUGCAGGAGGAUGGGAGACCCAUGGACGAAAAAGUCCACAACGUGUUGAUGGGCCGACGUCAGGCGGUGAGCAAGGACCCUGCACACGUGGAGCGUCUGCUCAAGGUUUUGCAGCAGAUGGAGGCGUACAGCGGCCGGGGGCUGACUCCGAUGUGCCAGCUUCAGCUGGCCGUGGUGUGUUCGGAUGCCGGGAUGCACGCCAGAGCGAUGCCUCUGUUCGAAUCUGCGCAAAGGGAGGGAGUGCUGUUUGGAAAGUUUCACAAGCCACCGCUACUGUCGACUUUGGUGGCGCUAGGGAAGUUCAAGAGGGCAAGGACGGAGUGGAGACAAGCCACCUGGGCGAACAAGAAGGAGUUCACCGGGUCGACUUUCCAGGUCUUCAUGAAGGCUGCGGAGGGGCUGAAGGACGCGGACUGGGCGUUGGAGCUCCACGAGCAGUCCCUCGAGGGCAAGCAGAAGCACGGGCGGUGGUUUCACCCGAUCGCCCUGCAGGUCUUGGCUGAAGCCGGAAGACUAGAGGAGGCGUUCAGGAUCGCUGAGACCCUACGAACCAGUGGCCACCCCAAGCUACCGCCAACGAGCUACCACGUCCUUUGCCGGUGUUGCAAGCAGCACGGCGAAAAGGCGCUCGUCGUCAAGGUCGUACAGACCAUGCGUAAGGGCACGAUGAGCCUGUACUUGCCUCCCCCAGACGUGCUGGGCUUUGUGGUGGAGGCCUUCAUUGAGAAGGGAAUUCCGGGCGAGGUGUUGACCUUGUUCGAAAGGAUGCGCGCGCAGCGAAUCCAACCCAACCCGGAGGUGUACGUCCUCCUUGCCGAUGCAGCCGCGGCGGCUAACGACCUCCCCCAGACGGUCCACUUCGCGGAGAUGGCCGAGAAGGGCGGCCGGAAGGCCAGCGCGGGAGCGCUUGCCUUCACGCAGAACAACGCGCCUCCACGAGAAUAG